AUGAAUGAGUAAUUACGAUUUCUUAAACUUGAAGAAUCUAUUGAAUAACUGAGCAAAUCAUUUAUACCUCAUCUUGAUUAGAUUUCUUAGAUGUAAUAAAAAUUAUCAGCUUUGGAUGUUUUUAUAACCAAUAAUCCAAGAGUUGAUUUGAUAAGUGAUACCAUUUAACUUCUAAAUUCUUAAUUAAAGAUUUAAGAAAGAUUAAGUUCAAUUGAAUCAUAACAUUCCAAAUUCAGUAGUCAUUAUGAUGAAAUUCUAAAUAGACAUUCUGUUUACAUUAUGUAAAUUCAACCUUGGAUUGAUGAAAUGCAUAGGUAAUAAUUUAAUGAAAUAUUUAUUAUAGUAUUUUAGAGGAAGCCAAACAAAAUAGAGAUAUGAAUAAUCAAUUGAGAAUAAAUUUCAAAGAAAUGAAUUAAAAACAUAAAGAAUAUACUGGAAUACUAUUGUAAAAUGAUAGAUUAACUUAAAAUUAUAAGACUCGUCUUGAUCAAUUUGAAACAUAAUUGGCUUCUAAAAUAGAUCAUUCAGAAAUAACUAAAGUAUAAGAUUUAAUGAGAAGAGAUUUUGUAACUUGUAUUGAAUUAGAUAAUAUCAAGAAUUAGAUUCAGUAAAGAAUAGAUAGAUUGUAAGGAGAAAUGUGUACUAAAUAAUAAUUAGGAAUUGUUUAAGAUAAUAUAUAAUUUAUAAAAGAUAGAUAAGUGUUAGUCUUAAGUGAAUUAGUUGAUAAGAAAGUUGAAGAUCUUGCUAAUAAUAAAUUAAAAGUAUAUGCAACAAAAAAUGAUUAAAGAGUCUUUGAAGAUAGAGUAAAUUAAGUAUGUAAGAUUUUAUCAGAGAAAAUAUUGAUGAUAUAAAAAGAAACAACAGAAGAACAUAAGUUAAUGUAAGAAUAAGUCAAAGAGUAGAAUUAAUAAUAAAAUGACUUAAAAUCAUAAUUACAUAUUAUUAAUUCUACUUUCUAAAAAGUUGUUAUGAAAGAUGAAUUAUAAAUAGCAAUGUAAAAAACUUUACGAUUACAAAGAGAAUCUGAAUAUUUAAAUGAAAAAUUAGAAUCAAUAAGUGCUGAAAUAUUUGAAUAGAAAGUCUCAUUUCAAUAAUUUAAUAAAUAGAAGAAUUUAGAAAUAUAAACUUUAUAACAUUAAUUAAUUCAAAAAGAAGGUGAAAGUGUUACUUAUUGUGAAAGUCCAAAAAGAGCUGAAAUUUCUUAAGAAGAAAUGGAAAGUGGUCAAUCAUCUCCUAGGAAAAAGAUUAGAAAAUCAGCAAUUCUAUCUAGAUAAGGAUCUAUUCUAAAUUCUGAUAUGAUGUAGAGAAUAUUUUAAAGAUCAGAUGCUAGAAUUUAGGAAUUAUAAAAUUAAUUAGAUGAAAUUAGAUAAAGAUUGCCUAAAGCAAGUAAAUUUUAAGAGAAUGUUACAUAACCUGUUUCAGACACAAUAAAUAUUAGAAUGGAAUAUUUUAAUUAAAUGAUAAUUCAAUUAUUAGAAGAAACAAAAAAGUUUAAAACUUAACAUGAACUUUUAAAUUAAUAAAUAAUAGCUAUAAAUAAUAAACCUUAAAUAAAGGAAGAAACUCUUUAAUAAAUUGAUGAAAAAUUAAAAUUCAUUUAAGAAUUAGAAUUUAAACUUGAUUAAAAAUGUGAUUCAUCUUUAGUAAUACCUAUUUUAGAUUCAAAAGCUAAUGCUUAAGAAUUUAUGGAGACAAAAUUAUUAUCUAAAUAAUUGAAAUAAUGUAUUCUAGAUACUAUAAACAGUCUAAGAACCUUUUUUACUUCAGAUUAAAAUGAUUAAAUAAAGGAUUUACUUAUCAAUUAAUUAAGUCGAUAUCUAUGUUAUUUUGUUAGAUAAAUUGAAGGUAAUCAAUUAACAUAAAGUGAUUCUUAAUAAAAUCCAUAAUCUACAAAGUAUUUAUAACCCAAAUACACAGCUUAAAGAGUAAAGUCAUAUUCAUCAUGUUCAAAAAGAAGAGAAACUGAUUGUGAAAUAAGAGGAAGAGCUGUUAAUCGUAAUAUUACAGAGACUGCUGUAUAUAAUUCAUUGAGAUCGUCUCCAUUAGCAUUUCGUUUAGUAAAUUAAAAUAAAUAAAGUGCAACAAUAGUGAAAAGAAUGAAAGUAUAAUAAUGA